AUGUUGAGCAUUGCGCAUUCCAAGCUGGCACUGCCAACGCAAUUCCUAUUCCUGUUGUCCAACGCGGUGGGACUGCUGGUCGGGAUCAUCUACAACAGCCAGACCCCAGAGCUAUACGAGAACAACGCCCACCACAAGAUUGGUUGGAUCGCGACCUGGGUGGUAAGCGCGCAGGUCAUCAUGUCUCUGAUUUUCGCCUACACCGGCCGCGGGGAAUCCGGGGAGGCCGCCUACAAACGAGCCACGUUCAUGCCGGUGUCGACCGACGAGACUGACAGCCCGACCGCCUACCCCCCCGGCAGCAGCCACGAGUACCGGUGGUCGCGAGACAGCGGACAGGGCACCGAGAGGAACACGUCUUCCCUGCACAGUCGUCCGUCGUCUGCGUGCGCGUCCCCGACCGACGAGUACGACCUUUUCGAUAAGCCGGAGGACCACAUCCACGAGAAGCCCGAGCGUCGCGCGUGGUUGCACAACACGGGUAUGGGUCGGUUCCUGGCCAGUCGUCUGCCCCAGAUGAUCUCUAGUCGCAUCCUGCGCGUCAUGAGUUUUAUCUACAAGGGCAUCGACCGCAUCAUCAUGCCCUUUGGCUUCGCUGCUAUCGCCACUGGCGGUGUCACGUACGGCGGACUUAUGAGAGGCAAAGAAGUCUUCAACGGCCUUGCCCACUUCAUCAAAGGCGGCAUCUUCUUCUGGUACGGGGUGUUGACACUAGGCCGGAUGAUGGGCUGCUGGGCCGACCUCGGCUGGGGCUGGAACCUGAAGCCGUCGCGCUCAAUCGUAGGGAACUGGAAGGCGCGCGUACCGUCAGGGGAGUUCACGGAGUGCUUCGUGAUCUUCCUCUACGGAUGCACCAACGUCUUCCUAGAGCACCUGUCCAACGCAGGCGGCGCAUGGUCCGCCACCGAUCUCGAGCACGUGUCCAUCUCAGUCAUGUUCUUUGGCGGCGGUCUGUGUGGAAUGUUGUUCGAGUCGCGGCGUCUCAAGCGCUGUCUGAACCGCACCGUCCUGCGCCAGCCGUUGCGCUCUGACGACCCCGCUUGGCACGCUCCCGACACCCAAGGCGUCUCGCUCAACCCAAUGCCGGCUAUUAUCAUCCUCCUCCUGGGCUUGAUGAUGAGUUCGCACCACCAGACUAGCAUGACGUCUACCAUGGUGCACAAACAGUGGGGGAAUCUCUUGAUCGGGUUCGCUCUGGCCCGCGGCGCCACCUAUAUCCUGCUCUAUCUCAAGCCUCCGACCUCGUACCUCCCGUCGCGACCGCCCACUGAGAUCGUCGCCGCGUUCUGCUUGAUCGGGGGUGGACUGAUCUUCAUGUUGAGUACUCGCACUGUGGUAGAGGCUAUGGAGUUCUAUGAACUAGACGCCAUGUUCACCCUCACGGUGGCAAUGGGCCUAACAGCAUUCAUCAUGGCCAUGGUGAUUGUGUUUAUUGCCCUGAAAGCCUGGGCCGUCAAUCGGGAGAGUCGAACCCGUCUGGCGUCUUUCCAGUUUCCUUCCGAUCCUCGAGAGGAUCUGUCGUCUGCAUAG